AUCCAAGGCUGCUUUAUGAGGUGGAUGGAGAGAGAGAAAGAAAACCGCUUUGGAAUACAGUAGUUGACAACUGUAGUGACUGAUGCACACCUUUCAAAGCAAGACUCACACACUUUGAAGAAAAUGCAGAUGCAAUAGUUGACAACAGUAUUUAUUUAUUUUUUUUUUGGGCCUUCUGUAGUGACUACCGUAGCUGCGUCACGUGACCGACCGAGUGGAUGUGAUUACAUCGUUGCCGGCAAGGAUUGGAAAGUUCAUCCACUUAUCCGACAAAGGCAGCCAAUGACGACCAUAAAAAUUCAGACGAAAAGGAGUAUGUCUGGGAUAUUAAAAGCACUCCUUGUUUGACAGGUCUCGGCGGGCCUCUGCGCCAUGACGCGCUUCAUGCUGCGGCUGCCCGACGAGUACAAAAGGGAAACGCUCCUCUUGGUGAAGCUGGCCGGCCCGGUGUUCAUUUCUCAGCUGAUGAGCUUCCUGAUCGGCUUUGUCAGCCUGGUGUUCUGCGGCCACCUGGGGAAAACCGAAUUGGCCGGCGUGGCGUUAGCGAUCGCGGUGAUAAACGUUUCGGGUAUUUCCAUCGGCAGCGGCCUGGCGUCAGCAUGCGAUACGCUCAUCUCUCAGACGUACGGCAGCGGCAACCUGAAACUGGUGGGCGUGAUCCUGCAGAGGGGAAUCCUCAUCUUGCUGCUGGCCUGCUUGCCCUGCUGGGCCGUCCUGGUCAACACGCAGCCCCUCUUGCUGGCCGUCGGCCAGAGCGUCCACGUCGCCAGGCUCGCUCAGCUCUACGUCAACAUUUUCAUGCCGGCUUUACCCGCCGCCUUCAUGUACCAGCUGCAGGGGAGGUAUCUUCAGAAUCAGGGCAUCAUGUGGCCUCAGGUGAUAUCCGCAGCCGCCAGCAACAUUUUCAACGCAAUCAUCAACUAUGUCUUCCUGGUGGUGCUGGAUCUCGGGGUAGCUGGAUCGGCGGCCGCGAAUGCCAUCUCGCAGUGUUCCUUGAUGGUGUUUUUGUUUGUGUACAUGAACGCCAGGGGUCUUCACAAAGCCACGUGGGGCGGUUGGUCGCUGGACAGCUUGCGCGAGUGGGGUCCCUUCAUGCGCCUGGCGCUGCCCAGCAUGAUGAUGGUGUGUCUGGAGUGGUGGCUCUACGAGAUUGCCGGCUUCCUGGCCGGCUUGAUCAGCGAAGUGGAGCUGGGAGCCGAGUCCAUCCUUUACCAGCUGGCCGUCAUGGUCUUUAUGUUCCCCGUGGGCUUUUCCGUGGCAGCUAGCGUUCGUGUGGGAAACGCUCUCGGGGCCGGGAACACCGAGCUGGCCAAGCUGUGCGGGAAGGUCUCGGUCACAUGCGCAUUGGUGGUGUCAUGCUUCACCGGGACUUUCCUGGCCCUGUGCCGCAACUUCAUCGCUUACAUUUUCACCACAGACAAGGAGAUUGUGGCAAGGGUGGCAAAUGUUUUAGAGAUGUACAGCGCCAGCCAUGUGGCCGAUUCCUUUGCGGCCGUGACGGGAGGAAUCGUCCGGGGCGCCGGGAAGCAAACGGUGGGCGCGCUGUGCAGCUUGUUGGGCUACUAUGUGGUGGGCUUCCCCAUCGGAGUGUCGCUCAUGUUCCCCAUCAACUUGGGAAUCUUUGGACUGUGGGCGGGAUUCCUGAUCUGUGUGGUCCUGCAGUCCCUCUUUUACACCAUCUACUUGUGCAAGCUCAACUGGAAAAAAGCCACAGUGGAGGCGCUGGUACGCGCUGGAGUCCAUGUUCGAGAACAGGAUAAGAUCUUUGUCAUCGACAGCAAAACAUGUGAGCAGCAGAUGAGUAACCCCGCAGCCAAUCCUUCAAGUCCAGAACAACCCGAGCCGGACGCAGCCGUCCCGUUAUCCAUCCGGCAGCUGGCACUGCGCCGCGGCCUGGCAGUGCUCUUCAUGUUCGCGCUCCUCGGCGCCGGAGUGCUCGUCAGCGAGCUGCUGGUCCCCCUGCAAUUGAACUGAUUUUGAGCCAAAAUGGCCGCCGCGCAAUACUCAGUUUCACCGCAGGGGCGAACGUCUGGAUGGAAGAUGCUUUUCACUGACCUCUCUGGUCAUGUGCUGCCCCCUGUUGAUUAAACCGGGUACGACACAUCUUCAAAUGCUUUCAGCGCCCUCACCUUUGAUCAGGACACGGCUCGUUGUUGACUUUGCUACUGGUUUAUUUUCACCCAAAUUCGAUGGCAAAAAUCCUUUGAAGAACCUCGCUCGCGAAAAGAAACUGCACUUAAUUAAACAACUGAAACUA